GUGAAUACUUUCCGGAUGCACUGUAUAUGGGUUUUAAGUGUCGAGAGAGUUCAGACUUGCUAACGUGAAUGACUGUGGCCUCUCGUGCUCAUCUAGUGUCUUUUCAGGAUUUUGUUUGUGAUUUGUGCCUGAUGCUGCUGGGAUGAGCCCUCACUGCAGUGUAUUUUGCAUCAUUUUACUUCAGGAUGUGUUUCAAGGCCCUGAAGCCCUCUGAUGGGUUAGACAGGUUCAGAAAAAGGAUUGAUGGCUGCCAAAACAUACACUUUAUGUGCAAAUUAGAAUGAAAAACAUUGUCAAUAAUAUGCCAUACAGAAAGUUUUUUUUGUUGGAUGAAAAUCAACAUUUUUGCUGCAUGAUAUCAGUGGAAUACAUAAAUCCAUGGGAGAUGUGUUCAUUUUUACUUUCUUUAAAUGCUUUGUACCAUGGAUAAGCGUAUGUAUGUAUCUGGUAUUGUCUUUAGUAAAAUAGUCAGCCUUCUGAUUCUUAUAGUAUUUCACAAUGCAUUUUUGGACAGAAUUAUUUUUUCUAUCCCUACUUCUCUGCUUUUGGAUCUACAGUUGUACUGAGAACAGAUUUUCCUAAAUACUCCUCUGGCACUGUAAAAGUAUCAUUUUGCUUCUGAUUCCCCUCCAGUUAAUUUUUAAACCAAAGAUCUCUGACAUACUGCCGGUUUUAUGGUAGAACUGUAAAGCAUCAUUGUGUUAAGCAAAAACACAAUGCAAAAUGACAGCAAUAUUUUCUAAUUUUCUGUUUGUUGAUGUAACAGCUUUAAAAAUCACCAUUUUAAAGGAGCUUUUCAAUGUCAAAAAUGCUCUUUUUUAGCUACCUUUGCCAAUACAGGUUAACAUGCAGUCUACAGUUUUGACACAAUGUCUAAAACAGUGAAUUGUAAUGGAAAUAAGUCACCUGUAAAAGAGGAAAGAAAGAGAACCUCAUUACAGUUUCAUGCUGCACUGUAAAAUAUCAAGUCAUGUCCCAUGCACCUUGUCUGACAUUCACUGUGGUCAAUUUUGUUAAUAGACCAUAUAGGAAGAUAACUGUCCCUAGCCAUCUCUUUAUAUAGAUAGACCGAUAGAUAGAGGCUGCCACUGUCCAUCUAGCCAUGGGACUAAUUAUGAUGUUUGUGUUUUACUUUAAAGUCAUCCUCUUUUUAAACUUGGUAGUUACCUGAUAAAUUCUCUGAUUCAUUUUAUAGAUUUUUCAUUACCUGCUUGGAGUAAAGGAGUAUGCUAAAUAAAUAAUUAAAGAUAAAUCAUACAGUACAUAUAGCACUCUGGAUAUUGAACCUGCAUUUGAAUAUAUACUGUUUAUUUGUGAUAAUUUGACAGUCCUAGUAUAUUCAUUCCUUCAAAAAUGAGGUCUGUGUGUCAAGAUGACAAGUCAGUUGCCAUAACUUUUCUUUUUGUUGGUUUUUUGACAUAUUUAUUGUUCAAAUAUAUUUUUGCAGCUAACACAUGUGAAUGAAUGUCCUUUUUUGUUCAUAAUUAUUUACUUGUUUUCUGGAGUAAUACUGAAUAAUGGAAUCAAACUUACAGUAUCAUUUAGGUUGAAAUACGCUUCAUCCUCCUCUGUUGCAGCUUGGCAGCGUUGCCAGUAUAAAGCCACCAGGUUACAUUUUCAUGAAUUGUAUCCAUUUAUUUCCUUAUUAGUUGAGGUAUUUGACAUUGCCUGGGUAUAGAUAAAUUGGCUAAAACUCUUUUUGAAAUUCUGUAUAGCGAAACACAACCCACAAUGAGACAAAAAGACGUACCCUUAGACAAUUAUAUUGUUAUCCAAAUGAAUUCAGAAGGAAACCUUUGUGGUCUUUGAGGCAGCACUUUGCAUGCACACUUCUGCAUCAGUACUCCUAUUUGGAUUGCCCUCCAAUUGUAACAUCUCUCCCUGGUACAACAUGAGGCCUGUAUUUUAGGUGGGACCGACCACAACACACACAAAAGGCUUGUGAAUAUUGGUGCAGCUCUUUUUGUGUGAUUAGCAAACAAACAGCUUAUGAUUUUAUUGAUGUAGAUCUCCAGAUUUCUUUGCACCAGGGAGUUAUAAAGAACAGGAGCCUCUCCCACUGCCAUCACAUCAUAGGGUCAGCCAUGCCUGCUGGACUAAGGCCGGGCGACUUUGGUGUGGCCAAGCACGUGCGUAUCGGACAGACUGAGGUUACUUGUGCAGACACUGAGGCAGUUUGCCAACUCCACACAGAUGGCAAUGAGUAGGACUGCAAGUUGAACCCAGUCAUUUCUCAUAUUUAAAAUAUGUAUUAAAAAAAAAAAAACUACUAAAAUCUGGCAAAAAGGAAUUUUGGAUGGUGUGGUAGGAGUUAACAGUAUUGCUUUAUAACUCCAGAGACCUGGGAGGGAUUUUAUUAAUUGCUACUCACAACUGAUGAUAUUUUAAAACUGAUUACCUAUAAUGGUUUUUUGUGUUCUUUGACAGCUCAGUAUUUCUGUGAUUUAAAUGGACACAUGUAACACAUCUUCAGUGGAGAUUGCAGGCUGGUUUUGUGAGCCAUCUGUUUGAAACAAUGAAUUCUCAAGAAAUGCGGAGCUCAUAAUACCACUGAGUCGAUUCAUGGACACUGGCCUGAGUCUUGUGGCAGGCUGGCUUUCACACUCCUGCAAAUUCUUGACAUGACUGUAUGGCUUUCCUUCUUCAUCAUAGUUGUAUAACUUGAUUGUUCUUCUUUUCCUAGAUUUGGGUGGAAGCAGGUCUACAGGGGAUUCCCUACUAAAGGACAUGUGUGCCUCCUCAUCAGUGUAGUCCAUUAAGUCUCGCUGCAUUCCAGGCUCUUCUUUUUUCUGGGACUGAGCAGCUGUUUGGCUUCCUAUUUCUGUGAUGGGGCGAGGCUCUUCAUUAAACUCCAAGCCAUAGGUGCUGUGAUCAGGCCUCUCAAAAAGCCUCUGCGCUCUGUACAGGUGCCAUUUAUCUAAUAAUAGAUUUUGGGUGAAGACAUGAAAAUGUUCAUUGUCAAAGUAUUUUUAAUAAUAAAGGAAAUCAGGAAGGGCAAUUGGCUUUUUUCCCCGGAGUGAAUGCCAUCAACUGCUACUUUCAUUGCUGCACCCAAGUCUACCACCAUAGACGAGCGGCCUAUGAUCUUGAGAGUCCAAAAUGGCUCAUUGAACAAUGCCCUGUACUUGGUGUAUCUACCUGCUGGUGAAGUAUUUGUCUCAAUGGGAAAACACUCACCUGUCCUGUUCAAGGUUCUGCAAUGCAGUGUUAUUCCGUGUCCAGUGGAAAUGGUCACCAGUGCAGCACCAGCGACUUGAAUAUCCGCCUGCUGGUUCCUCCGGGCUGCUGUUGUUGUGUUGCUUCCUUGUAGUGGUCCUUCAAGAUUCAGAUCUAUCCAGUUCAAAUCUGUCAGACUUUCUGCUUUAUGUGCUAUUGGAGUAUCAGUCAGCAGAAUUUCUGUACCCCACUGUAGAACAUUUUGGAAGACAGCUUGGCUUGUGUAAAGUGGAUUUGAGCGCAGAUCGAGUACCUGAACAGAAAAAAUGUAAAAAAGAGAGAUACAACAUCUGGAAGCCUCCUCUCAGUGACAAGACUACUAUAAGAGCCUUAAAAAUGUUUUCUUCAGUGAAGCCAUAUGAGAACCAGCAAUACUCUGUUCUCAAGAAGGAAUGCCAACAAAAAAAGGUGCUGUUUGAGGAUCCCAUAUUCACUGCUUCAGAUAAAUCCCUCUUUUACUCUGGAAACAAAAUUGGAAGGGUCACGUGGAAACGUCCCAAGGAGCUAUGUGACAAUCCACACCUCUUUGUCAAUGGAAUCAGUGCUCAUGAUUUGCAUCAAGGUCAGCUGGGAAACUGUUGGUUUGUGGCAGCUUGUUCUAGCCUAGCUUCCAGGGAAGUCCUGUGGCAAAAGGUUAUUCCUGACUGGAAAGAUCAAGAAUGGAAUGAAGAAAAACCCAAUGAGUAUGCUGGUAUCUUCCACUUCAGAUUUUGGCGUUUUGGAGAAUGGGUGGAUGUGGUUAUUGAUGACCGUCUUCCCACCAUUAAUAAUGAGCUUGUCUAUUGCCAUUCCAAUGAUCAGAAUGAAUUCUGGAGUGCACUUGUUGAAAAAGCUUAUGCAAAGUUGUAUGGAUGCUAUGAAUCCUUAGACGGUGGAAAUACUGCUGAUGCGCUGGUUGACUUCACUGGUGGAGUCUCUGAACCACUAGACUUGCUGGAAGGACAGUUUGCUAAAGAAGAGUCCUUCAGAAACCAGCUUUUUGAGAGGGUCCUUAAAGUACACAACCGUGGUGGACUCAUUAGCUGCUCAAUAAGGGCUACUUCCUCUGCUGACAUGGAAGCAAGACUAGAUUGUGGACUGGUCAAGGGUCAUGCCUAUGCUGUAACUGAUGUAAAGAAGGUUAGGCUUGGCCAUGGACUGUUGGCCUUCUUCAAGGCAGAGAAGCUGUUCAUGAUUCGGAUGCGUAACCCAUGGGGUGAGAAAGAGUGGAAUGGUCCCUGGAGUGACAGUUCUGAAGAAUGGCAAAAAGUCAGCAAAAGUGAAAGAGAGAAGCUGGGAGUUACAGUAGAGGAUGAUGGAGAGUUCUGGAUGACCUUUGAGGACUUUUGCAAGUACUUCACUGACCUAAUCCUGUGCCGUCUCAUCAACACAUCCUACCUAAGCAUCCACAAAACUUGGGAAGAAGCUGUAAUGAGAGCAUCUUGGGUCCGACAUGAUGACCCUAUAAAAAACCGCUCUGGGGGCUGUAUCAACCAUAAGUCUACUUUCCUGCAGAAUCCACAGUAUGUUUUUGAUGUGAGGAAACAUGAAGAUGAGGUCCUAAUUUGCUUACAACAGAAGGAUCGGAGAACUCAAGCAAAGGACGGCAAAGGAGAGAAUUUUGCUAUGGGGUUUGAUAUUUUCCGGGUUGAGCUGAACAGGAUCUACAGGAUGCAUACUUUGCAACAGAAAAUAGCCAGCUCCAUCUAUAUCAACUCUCGGUCUGUCUUCUUCCGGAAGGAGCUUAAGGAAGGUCGUUAUGUCAUUAUUCCUACAACAUUUGACCCUGGGCUGCAAGGAGACUUUUUACUCAGGGUUUUUACUGAUGUGCCUUCAGAUUGCAAGGAGUUGCUGCUUGAUCAGCCUCCGCAGACAUGUUGGACAGGAAUAUGUGGAUAUCCACAGUUAGUAACUCAGGUUCAUGUCUUAAGUGCCGAAGGUCUUCAAGUGCAGGAUACUAAUGGCGGUGCUGACCCAUAUGUGAUAAUUGCUUGUGAAGGGGAUAAAGUGCGGUCUCCCGUCCACAAAGAUAUACUUAGCCCUGAGUUUGAUGUUAAAGGGCUGUUUUAUAGAAAGAAUCCAAAGGACCUCAUUUAUGUUCAGAUUUACAAUAAGAAUGUUAUGUGUGACACCUUCAUGGGUCAGGUUGUCCUGACAGGAGACCCUGGAGACCUCCAACAACAACACACAUUACAUCUCCGAGACAAGGGUAACCGGCAGAGCAAUGAUGUGUCAGGCACUGUCAACAUCAAAGUCAUUACUAGUAAUGUACUCACCAAUAUUUAACCUCCACUUGACCCUGCAUUCUGGGCUAUGAACUAUUUGUCAAUGGGAGGACUACCGUUGGAAAGCAAGGAGCACAAGCACUUUGCAUCUUUCGGUGUAACUCUUCACUUCCUGGUAGCAGCAUUUUCCAAAAAAUGCUAGUCCAAUAGCUCUUUCACAGUCAAAGAAAUCUGUUUUCCCAGCACAGCUGUUUCCAGGAAAAUGGCCAUUAUACAGUUACUCAGCAGACUUCUACAAGCAGUGUAUUUGGGCACAUAAACAUUUUCCUUUGAAAAUGAUUGUGCAUUUGCUAAGUUUUGUACAAAAUGUAAUUUCUACUCUUUUCUCAGCUGGUGCCAGUACUGCUUAUUUGCAAUCAAAGCAACUCAAAUACCUUUUUACCCGAAUAUUAGUAAAUGUACAUUGUGUCCAUAUAAUGCAGCAUCCCUACACUCAUUAAUUGACCUAAAUAAUAACAAAUUCUUUUAAAGAGUGUGUAUUUUUAAAAUCAUUUUAAACUGUUCUGUUUUAUACUUUUUACAAUACUUUUAUUUUGUGUUUAUUUAAUUAUUAUAAAAUUAUUAAACAGUAAAUUGUAGGUGCCAUAUUCAAGCCAUUCCACCAUUCUGGUGCAUGAAAGCAUGUAAUCCAUCUGCAGUAUCACAUUAGUCAAAUGUAGUAUAUACUGUAAAGCAGAUACGUCAUUAAGUCAGAGCUCUUAUAUAUACCUGUAUAUCUAUAAAUAUACAUAUUUAAAUAUAAUUAUUUACACUGGCAGAUUUUUUUGUGCUUAUUCCAUUACCUGGGAUACAGAACAUCACCAUUUGUUCUCCAAAUUACUUACGAUAAUUCAAGUAGUAUUAAGUGAAAGAUCUUUAAAGGCAUUUUCAGCACAUCUUACUGCUGUAAAUUCAUUAUGGUGUUUAGUAUGCAAUGCUUGUGAAGCUAAUUUAUUCCUUCUAAGGACAUGCUUAGUUCUGCCAAACAGUAGUACCAUUUCACUAAUUUCAGGAUACUUUCACGAGGAUAAAACUGUUGGAGUAAAUGUAUGUGAUCCCUUUUGUGAAACCUGUUUCACUACUGUCAAGCUAUGGUAGCACAGUAAUGCAUAUUUUUAGCCUUACUGCUUUAAAAUUAUUUGGUUUGCAGCUGAGUUGUUUUUUUCUGGAAAGAUAUAGCAGUUUUAGAUAGAUUUUACAGCUUUCAAUUGAUCACUUUUGAUUUAUCACCCUAGAAGUAUUUCCAUAAGUCUGUGAGAAACUGCAUUAAGUAUCCAGUGUUCAGUCAGAAAGAGCUUAUGUGCCCACCCUGCAGUUGUUAGUCAUACUCUUAUUUCUCAGAAUUUUAUAUUUAUGUGAACACCUGCUGACAUGCUGAGGGAUCCUAUAGUCAUCAUCCUGCUACUGGUUGAUAAAUGUGAAAGAUGGACAAUGAUUAUAUUCACAUAUUUCAUACCACAGUUACUUUUAAAUCUCUGACUUGCAAUGAUCUAAACAUGCUAACAACAUGAAUGAAAUACACCUCUACAAAAUUUUGAUUAACAGUAUAAUUACUCUGUGUUUUUGGUGGCCAGUGACAUUUAAUAACUGUAUAAGGAAAGGUAAGACAUUAAAUUGAAGAAGUUCAGUCUGUUUAGGACCAAAGGCAUUUACAAAACAAUGUUUUUUUUUUCUGACCAAAAAUAUAUUGUUUGUAUAAUGUAUUUAUGUAUGUUUGUGUGCUCAAAGUGACCAUUCAAACUGGGUGCUUAAGGCAUAGAUAAAAUUAUGGUGACAGAUGUAAAAUUUUCAAGAAAUGACCUGCCUUCAGAAAAUAUGUUGUGCUAAUUAUUUACCUCACAAACACACAUGCUCAUAUAUGCAGUAUAUACUGUAGGCAUAUUUAUAUAAUAAAGGAUGUAAACGGUGAAUGCCCUAAAAACUAUGUAGACUAUGAAGCAUGAGCAUUUAAGCCUUUAUCGAUAUUAUAUGGUUAACAAAUGAUGUGUGUGUGUAAUGUCUCUACAGCUUGUUCAGUAAUCUCAAUUUGCAAAGAGUUCUGUGAGAUUUAUGAAGAACAGAUCAGGGAUGCCUGCAGAUUGGUUGUAUUAUCCACUGUGGAGUUUGCCAUUCUUCCUUUGUAUCUCCUCAAUCAGUACUUUUUCAAGUGUGCCUUAAUAGCAGUUCAGAAAUAUUAUGAUGUUUUGUAAAUUUCCAGAAAUGAUUUUGUGUGUUGAGUUUUGGGUUCAGAAAAAAUAAUUGGUUGGUUUUCAGAACAUACUUAGCUUUAAAGAACUCUCUUGAAGCUAUGCAUUGAAACAAGCUGCCAAUGAAACUGUUUGUACACUGACAUUAAAAGCAUACAGUGGUGGUCCAGCCAAAUGGUGUAGGUGGAAGCAAAGUUUUGUGGCCUGAAGUCAGGCUGUUUUGCCUUGAAAGUUGCAACUGUAUUGCAUGGUAGAAUAUUUUAUUUCAGAACUCCUAACCACAUACAGCAUUUAUACCACUGAUGUGAUAAUUCAUGUUUUGUUUACUUGCCUUUUUACUUGCAUUUCCACAGUCAGUCUGUUUACUGUUACGAAAAUAAUAGGAUCAACUUGUGUUAUUAUUUUUAUAUUUCUUUGAAUGUGCCAAUAUUGUCCUACCAUUUAAUCAUUUGGGUUCACUGUGAUUAUUUUCUAGGGUUAUUUCUUUUUUUAUUUUUGUAUUCUACUCAGAUUUGUAGCAUGAAUUUGAAAUAAAGCUCAAGCAUUUUAUUGAAUCACA